AUGGAUCAUCCCGUAAAACCACAAUGUCGGCUGUGCUUGGCACCUUCCCCGGAACAGUAUGCUUCCAUCAGCGACUCAGCUGUGUGCUCCAAGUUCGAUAUUGUCUUCAAAUUCGAGCUGCCCCUGGACGAUUCGCUUCCCAAUGUCGUCUGCGUCGAGUGUAGCGCCAAGGUCGAUGAGUUCUACACCUUCCAUGAAGCUGUCCGAACUAAUCAGGUCCAGCUUAAGACGGCUCCCAUGACGGAUGUCUGUAUGCUUCUGCUGGUUGAAGUCAAAGGAGAACCACUGGAUUAUGAAGAGACGGAAGAAACAGAUUUGGGAGAAUGCAGCACCACUGUUGCUGAUGUAGAUCAAAAUGACAAUGAUGAUGACCAUAAAUCAACCACCAAGGCGGAUCCAGUACAAAACAAGGAUGUUCAGGGCAAAAGGAGCAGCCGGAAGCCGGACGACAACUGCAUAAUAGAGCAGUUUUUCAACGGUAUCACGUGCAGUGUUUGUUCCGAGAAGUUUGAAACGUUUGGCAAACUCAAGAUACAUAGCAUGAAAGCACAUGACCAAAAAGCCAGUAUCGAGUGUUUCAAGUGCUCCGAGUGUGACCGAACGAUGGCCAGCAUUUACUCACUGAAGGUUCACAUGCUGAAAAUGCACAGUGAACAACCGCGAGAAGCUCCCGCAACUCAUGUUUGUGACAUGUGUGGCCAAGUGUAUAACCAGAAGCAAAGCCUCGAGAGGCAUAUCAAUCUGCAGCACCUGGGUGCCAAGGAUACCGAUCGAAUCCAGUGCCCUGUGUGCGCCAAAUGGGUCAACAACAAGCACUAUCUGAAAGUUCACAUCCGGAACGCUCACAGCGGAGAGAACCUACAGGUAACGUGCGAUAUAUGCCGGCAGGUUUGUGCGAACAAGCGUGCGCUUUCGGCCCACAAGCAUAAGGUACAUGCGGAGCGGAAUUUGGAGUGUGAAGUUUGCGGCAAGAUGUUCAAACAGCCAAAACACCUCAAAGAGCACCGGGCAGCACACAUGGGUCAACAACUGUACACCUGUACCGUGUGUGGCUAUGGCUCGAACUACAAUGGCAAUCUGUACACGCACAUGAAGAAUAGACAUCCGGUGGAAUAUGCCGAGGCGAAGGCCAGAGGCGGAACUUUGCUGACCACGCAAGAUGAAGCUUCAGAGGCGACCAUCACUUCAGAUACCUACCUAAAUCUUUACAAAAGUUACCAGCAACGCAAAGCUACCGAUCGUGUACAAAUGAAUCCGGUAAAGCCAUCCUGCAGAAUCUGCCUGGAACCAAUCCCGGAGAUGUAUGGUUCCAUCACUGACUCUGCUCUGCGCUCCAAGUUGGAUGUUGUUUUCAAAUUUGAGCUGCCUAUGGAAGAUAACCUUUCCCAUGUCAUCUGUUCAGAGUGUAGCGUCAAGAUCGAUGAGUUCUACUCCUUCCAUGAAACUGUCCGAAACAAUCAGGAUCAGUUGAAGGCGCUUACCGUCGCAGAGUCCAACAUGUUUCUGAUGGUGGAAGUCAAAGGAGAACCGCUGGAUGCUGCGGACAUGGAAGAGACUGAUGUCGGGGGACCUUCUACGAGUACUACUACCGCUUUUGCUGAAGUAGAUCAGAUUGGCGACGACGAUGAUGAUAAUGAUGAUGAAGAAUCAGCUGAAUCGGACCAAGAUGAAGCCAACGCAGCGCCAAUCGAGGAAGAUCAAGACGAAAAGAGCAAUCAAGUAACGGAUGGUAACGAGAAAAUCAAGCAGUUUUUUGACGGUAUCACUUGCGGUAUAUGUUCCGGAAACUUCGGAACAUUUAACAAACUCCAGAUACAUAGUAGAAAAAUGCACGACCAAAAAGCCAGCAUCACGUGCUGUGACCGCAAGUUCUUUAGAAAAAGUUUUCUGAUCGAACACAUCGACGCACAUCUGGAUCCCACGCAGUUCUACUGCGAACCGUGCAAUAGGAACUACGGCUCCAAGCACAAUCUGUACGUGCACAAUUUGCAAGCUCACCCCGCUCCGGAACAAGAAUCCCAUCAGUGCAGCGUGUGUGGCAAAAAGUUCACCAGAGAAUGCUUCUUGCGAGCCCACCUCAAAUAUCACGUACCGGCUCAGUGCCCCAUGUGUGACCGAACGAUGUCCACCGUUUAUACGUUGAAGGUUCACAUGCGGAAAGUUCACAGCGAACAACCGCGAGAAAGAAUCCCGAGUUAUUCCUGCGACACGUGUGGCAAAGCGUACCACCAGAAGCAAAGCCUACAGCGCCACAUCAACCUGCAGCAUCUGGGACUGGAAGAUACCGAUCGAAUCCAGUGUCCUGUAUGUGCUAAAUGGGUCAUCAAUAAGCACUACCUCAAAGUACACAUACGGAACCUACACAGCGAAGAAGAUCUGCAGCUACCGUGCGACAUUUGCCAACUGGUUUACCCGACCAAGCAUUCCCUCAAGAAUCACAUGAAGAAGGCACAUGCGGAACGGAACUUGGAAUGCGAUGUUUGUGGCAAGAAGUUUCUGCAGCCUAAGCACCUCAAGGAGCACCGGGCCACGCACACAGACCAUCAGCUGUACAAGUGCACUCUGUGCGAUUAUGGUUCGAACUACAACAGCAAUCUGUACCUGCACAUGAAGAACAAACAUCCGGAGGAGCGGGCCGAAGCGAAGGGCAAAGGAGGUGCCUUAUUUGUCGAGCAACCGGCCCCGUUGGAGUAGUGGAGGUAGGUGAACAUUUGCGUAUAUCGUUAG